UACUACAAAAAAGUUGGACAUCUGUUCAACACAUGUUUAGCAAAAGUACUACCACAAAAGAGUGUUUUAGGGAUAGACACGCCUUAAACAUUGUUUAAAUUUAAACACCCGAACGGGGUAGUUUAGCGGGUGUUUAAGCUCAGUCCGUCAUUUUGUUCUGAACGUUCAUUGUGAAUAUUACGAUAUUACGUGCGACUUUUUUUUUAAGUUCAUUGAUUUAUAUUGAAGUACCUAAUCUAAAUGGAUAUCAUAGACUUCCUGGACUUUAUUGACGAAGAAGACUUCUAUUACGUCGACAGUUUUCGAGAUAACUUGAUACCUCGUGUACGAAUUAAUCCGUUUGAACGUUACGACGACGCAAAUUUUAGGAAGAAAUAUAGGUUUAGCAAAGAUUUUGCAAAUAAAAUUGUGGAUUUAGUUAAGGAAGACCUUCCUAGUGACCGUCGUGGUGGUGCAAUCCAUCCACAAAUACAGGUUGCUUGUGCUUUGCGAUGCUGGGCUCGACAUCAGAUUUUCUUACAGAUUCAAGAUGAUAGUGGAGACAUGCAUGGCAUUUCACAACAAGCAGUCAGUAAAAUAUGCAGAAAUGUUGCAGAAGCACUGGCUAAGAAAGCCCAUUUAUUUAUUAGCAUGCCGAGUUUUUUAGAAGAGCAACAAGGCACAAUAAGAGGAUUCAGAAGUAUUUGUGGUUUCCCAACUGUGAUCGGAGCGAUAGACUGCACCCAUAUAAGACGCACGCAACGGAAGGCUUCAAAGAAGAAAUAA